CUCACUUCUCUUCGGUCUUCCAACUCCCUUCAAUCUAACAUCAUCAAAUUUUGAUCUUCAUAACCUUCUCCUCCUCAGGUUUGAUUUCCACAAGAUUUUUAACCCAGAUUCAAGCCAUGCAGCCCAGUGAAGUUACAGAACUCCACUAUCUACUUCCCUCAAACCCAUCCCCAUAUUCAGCUUAUUUAACCAUGACUCAAAAUAACACACCCACAUUUCAAUUUAACAGAUUCACCAAUCCACAAAAUUCCCAGAUUUCUCCUAAUCAGGUUCAGGAAUUCAGCCUGAGCAGCAACUCAACUUCUGAUGAAGCAGAUGAGCAGCAGCUCUCUCUUAUCAAUGAAAGGAAACAAAGAAGGAUGAUAUCUAAUAGAGAAUCUGCUCGCCGAUCACGCAUGAGGAAGCAGAAACACCUUGAUGAGCUCUGGUCACAGGUGGUUUGGCUCAGAAAUGAGAAUCACCAGCUAAUAGAUAAAUUGAACCACGUCUCUGAAAGUCACGACAGGGUUCUUGAAGAAAAUGCUCAACUCAAAGAAGAAACCUCUGAACUACGGCAAAUGCUUAGCGACAUGCAAUUGAGUAGCCCUUUUGCCUCUUUCAGGGACCUGGAAGACAUCCCCUGAAGCCGCACAAGUUUUCUACAGACCUGGUGGGAGAGACCAUUAUUUACCUUAUCCUUAAUUUUGUUUAUGUUUGUGUGAUCUGUCGUUGGCUUCUGACCUGAGCUUCAUGUGCCUGAGAUUGAAUUAGAGUGAAAUAACAUGUUUUGAACAUAUAUUUAGAACUUAUGAUCUUAA